UCUGGUUUUCAUAAUGGGAAAUGAAAAUUAUAGCAAGAAAAGUGUAAAAUCUAUAGAAGAUUCAAUCGAAUCAUUAGUUAAUUGUUAGAAAGAAAAAUAAAAAGAAUGUGAACGGAAUUAUGAAACAAAAGUAUCAUUUGUUUUUUGGAACAAAGAGAAUCAGGAGAAUAUCAUUAUUGGAGCAAUAGAUGAAAAGAAAGACUUUCAUAAAUUUAUGUAUGAUAAAUAAGAAAACGGGAGGUAUAGUUAAGCUAGGUAAUAAAUUUUUCUAGAAAAUUUAAUUGCAAUUCAAGAUGGAAGAAAAGUUGAAAAGGAAAAAAAAACAAAUCAUUUAUUAACAAUUUUCUAAUCGAAAGAAACUCCUGAAGAAUUUUUAUAUGAGUUAUUUUAGGAAGAGAUAAACUUUGAAAAAAAUACAAGUUAUUAAGUAUUGAAUAUUAAAACCUAAAAUAAAACAAGCUCUAAGAAUAAUUAUGCCCAUUGUUAUCAGAAUUUUUUAGAAUAAAACCAAUUAAUAUUUGAAGAAAUUGAAAAUAAAAAAUAUGUAAGUUAUGAUUGGAAUAAUAAGAAAAUAAAAGCAACUACUGAUAAAGUUAUAUAUAAAAAUGCAAUUAUUUUAAAAACCUCUCUUAAGAAUGAAGAUUAGAUUUUUAAAUGUUGUUAGAAAUGGAAAUCUGGAUAAGAAUUCUUAGAAAAGGAAAAACUAUGA